CUUCUAUUUGGAGACUUCAUGGUAAUAGCCAUGGCUGUGGGUAAGAGGGAGAUACUAUUGGUGGCCAUGGCCUAUUAUUUAUUCCUUCUUGUGUCAGCAGGAAAAGGAGGAGGAGGAGCAGAAGCCGAUCGAAUAAUAAAACUUCCUGGACAGCCCAAAGUCUCAUUUAAGCACUACUCUGGCUAUGUCACUGUUAAUAAAGAGGCCGGCAGAGCUCUCUUCUAUUGGCUCACUGAAGCUGUUUCUCUCCCUGAGUCCAAACCUUUGGUCAUUUGGUUCAAUGGAGGGCCCGGCUGCUCUUCAAUUGCUUAUGGAGCUUCGGAGGAGAUAGGCCCAUUCAGGAUCAAGAAGAAAGGGACUGGUUUGUACCUCAAUAAGUUCUCAUGGAACACUGUCGCCAACCUACUUUUUCUUGAAUCUCCGGCAGGCGUCGGCUUCUCUUACACCAACACAUCGUCCGAUUUCUACACCUCAGGCGAUACACGCACUGCAAAGGAUGCAUUGGAAUUUGUUAUCCGAUGGUUGGACCGGUUUCCACAUUACAAACAACGAGAGAUUUAUUUGACGGGAGAGAGCUUUGCCGGGCAUUACGUUCCCCAAUUGGUCAAAGAGAUUAUGACAUAUAAUUCAAGGACUAAGUUUCCUAUAAAUCUCAAAGGGAUAAUGGUUGGGAAUGCAGUUAUAGACACAUACUAUGAUAACCUUGGCACAGUAGACUACUGGUUGAGCCAUGCCUUAAUCUCUGAUGAAACGUAUAAGCAAAUACUCAACAAAUGUGACCUCCAUAAAUUAGAAGAUGACUCGAACGAGUGUAACGCAACGAGCAAAUAUGCAGAGAAAGAGCAGGGAAAUAUUGACAUAUACAAUAUAUAUGGACCUACCUGCGGCGAUUCAACUGCCACCAGUACUCCUCAUAACCACAGGAUUCAGCGUUUCCCUCAUCGAUCUUUUUCGGUAUUUAUAAACAACAAAAUCAAGCAGAUUUCAGGAUAUGAUCCUUGUACAGAAAAUUAUGCUGAGAUUUAUUACAACAGACCUGAUGUGCAGAAAGCCCUCCAUGCCAACACAACUCAAAUCUCUUAUAAUUGGACUUCUUGCAAUGAAAUUCUGUUUAAAAAUUGGACUGACCGAGCUUAUUCAAUUUUGCCAAUCUACAAAGAGAUGAUUGCUGCUGGUUUGAGAAUUUGGGUGUUCAGUGGUGAUGCGGAUGGGGUGGUGCCGGUUACUGCCACCAAGUACUCCCUUGCUCAACUUAAUUUGACAACCAAAACGCCAUGGUAUCCAUGGUACCUGAACAAUCAGGUGGGAGGAUGGACAGAGAUAUACGAAGGGCUAACCUUUGCAACAGUGAGGGGGGCAGGUCAUGAAGUGCCAUCUACCAGACCCAAAGAAGGCUUUCAGCUCAUCAAAUCAUUUCUAAGAGGGGCACCUCUACCGCCAAAAUAG